UGCGAGCAUUCCAUUGUCUCUCACUUCACUCCGUCUCCCUUGGCCGUCGAUCCAUCUCGCCGAAGUCGUCCUCUGAUAUAAGUGCGAUUGUGAUUAAUUUCUGUAUUCUCGAUCUUCCCUUGUAUCGUUGAUACGAGUAAAACGCGACUAUAAACAAUGGCUGAUCAGCAAGAGAACAAGGACUUCAGUGAUGACGUAGCGGAGCAAAAUUUUGAGAAGAACGGCGAGGCUGAGAGUGGUACCGGCGGUGGCGGCGGGGACGCCGUGGAGAAUGGCCAGGACUCGCAGGAGGACAGAAAAUUAUUUGUCGGUGGCUUGAGCUGGGAAACUACUGACAAGGAAUUAAGGGAACAUUUUAGCACUUAUGGUGACAUUGAGAGUAUUAAUGUUAAAACAGAUCCUAACACAGGAAGAUCGAGAGGUUUUGCCUUCAUUGUUUUUGCAAAGGCUGAAGCUCUCGAUAAGAUUAUGUCAGCUGGCGAUCAUGUCAUUAACAACAAAAAAGUUGACCCCAAGAAAGCGAAAGCUAGACAUGGAAAAAUCUUCGUCGGUGGUCUUUCAACGGAAUUGUCUGAUGACGACAUUAAGAACUUCUUCUCACAAUUUGGGAAUAUUGUCGAGGUAGAGAUGCCAUUUGAUAAGACAAAGAACCAAAGGAAAGGUUUCUGCUUUAUUACAUUUGAAUCUGAGCAAGUAGUUAAUGAACUUCUUAAGACACCCAAACAGACUAUCAAUGGAAAAGCGGUAGAUGUUAAGAAGGCAACACCCAAAUUGGAUGGAAUGGGUGGGAUGCGUGGCGGAAUGAUGGGCAGAGGAAGAGGAGCUCGUGGUGGUCGGGGUCGCGGAUUCGGAGGACAAGGUGGAUGGGGACAGGGCUACGGAGGCGGUUAUGGCGGUGGCUACGGCCAAGGUGGCUACGGCGGUGGGUACGACGGUUACGGGGGAUACGAUUACUACGGCGGCGGUUACGGAGGUUACGGUGGUUAUGAUUACAGCGGAUAUGGUGAUGGCUAUGGCUAUGGCGGUGGUAAUUACGAAGGUGGCUACGCGGGCGGGCGCGGUGGUGUACGCGGUAAAGGUGGCUCCGGCUACGGUGGCAAACAAAGAGGAGGUGGUGGUCGCCAAAAUCAGAGGCACCAGCCGUACUAACGAAAAUCCUCAUUCGCGAACGCUGUGCAAUUCGCGUUGUAAUCGCUGGUACUCUUCCUCACUACUACCGAUCUCUUCAUUCAAUUCGUCCAAUCAUCAUUCCAUUAAGUCGCGCUCCUCCUAGCAAGAA